AUGUUCUUUUUUAAUCCAAUUUUACCUUUUGAUAAAUAUUUACCUAUUGAAUUACUUGGGGAAUGUUGUCUUAGAGAAGUUAAACUAUGUUGCCUAGAAGGCAUUCGAACUGAUAUUUUAGAACCACGUCGUUCUCCUCCAUGUAGUGAUUUGUUUUCUCUCAGUAAAGAUACGUUCAUUAAUCUUGGGAUUUUUGCUAGGACAACAGCCAUGAAACAAAGAAACUGUGAACAAAAUGGUAGAAUAUACGAAAUCUUCAGAAAAGAAAUAAUCUGUGCCACCUUUCAGAUAUUAAUUUACAACCUUAUUGAUAAAUAUCGUCGUGAAAUUGCAGCAGUAUUCAUAACAAAAAAAACUUCAAAUAACUGA